CAAAUCUGCUUUUGUCUCCUUCUCUCCUUCAAUCAUUCUCUUCUCUCUUUUGCUUUCUGAUUCGGAUAAAUUACAUCACUCGCUCCUCUCUGAAGACACGGGUUUUGUCUAAUUUUCUUUCUUAUUUUUCCCAGAGAAAGUUUCACGUCUUUCCGCUUCUGAUGAUGUCACAUUUGGUGAUUCUCGAGGGGAUCAUUUAAUUUCCUCGAACGUGUUGAGCUUUUGAAGCAGGAGUUACGACAAGUAGAAGACUUUAUCAUCCUGUCAGCUACUCGAAGAAACCAUGAACAGUCAUAGGCUUGUCUCAACGGCACAAGAAGAAUGCAAUAAAGGAAUUCAUCAACCUUGCUCGUCUUCACUGUCUCCUGUCCAUAACUUUCUGAAUCUCCAGCCAGAAAACAGAAAGUCUCCAGUCAAUAAAGGCACAUUCUCGCGGUCCUCCACCUUCUGCACAAAUCUUUACAUAUCAUCAUCUUCAACCUCGGAAGCUCAGAAACAUCUAGGAAACACUCUUCCUUUCCUCCCUGACCCCUCCACUAAUAUCCAGCCUGCUUCUUGUGUGGAGUCUGCAAGAUCUCCAUCUAUCUUCAGUGAAGAUAUGAGCAAUCCACUUGAUGGAGACACCACCCUUGUCAAAGACUUCUUUAAUCUCUCUGGGGAUGCUUGCUCUGAUGGAGCCUUCCAUGAUCUCGACUGUUCCAAUGACAGCUACUGCUUAUCAGAUCAAAUGGAGUUGCAGUUCCUGUCUGAUGAACUUGAGCUUGCCAUCACAGACCGCUCCGAAACUCCUAGGCUUGAUGAGAUCUAUGAAACUCCCUUGGCUUCUUCAUCAAAUCCAGUGACUGGACUGAGUCAAAGCCAAAGAAGCCUCUCUGGAGCAGUCUCCAUUGAGGCAGUUUCAUCUCACCCUUCUCCAGGAUCAGUAGCAGCAUACAAUCACAAGCCGAGAAUGAGAUGGACCCCUGAGCUCCAUGAGAGCUUCUUAAAGUCUGUGGACAAGCUUGAAGGCCCUGAAAAGGCUACUCCCAAGGCUGUUCUGAAGCUCAUGAAUGUUGAGGGCUUGACGAUCUAUCAUGUAAAAAGCCACUUACAGAAGUAUAGACUAGCCAAGCAUAUUCCAGAGAAAAAAGAAGAGAAAAAGAAUGUUAACACAGAAGAGAAGAAACUGGCUCUGAGUAAUAGUGAAGCUGUUGAGAGAAAGAAAGGGGCAAUGCAGUUAACUGAAGCUCUGCGUAUGCAGAUGGAAGUUCAAAAACAAUUGCAUGAACAGCUCGAGGUGCAAAGGGUGCUUCAGCUACGAAUAGAAGAGCAUGCUAAGUACUUGGAAAAGAUGUUGGAAGAGCAACGCAAAACCGGAAUGCUUAUGUCUUCUUCUUCUUCCUCUUCUCAGACACUAUUGUCAGAUUGUCAAAACAUGUCCAAAACCGAAGUAUCUUCUCUGUCUCAGCCAAAGAACAUAGCUUCCGAAACCGAAGAUGAUAAAUGUGAAUCCCCUCAGAAACGUCGCAGGGUUGAGAACAACACUGAAUCUGAAGAUCCUCCUGAGAGAUAGCAAGCAGGUGGUCACACUCAAAAGUAGAUGUUUGUAAUGUAGUAUCUUGAGGAUGUUCCCUUUUAUUUGCUUGCUGAAUUCAAGUUGUUUAAGGAUUCUUUUAAGUCUACUUUAAUGACAAACAUAUACACUCAAGAUUGCAAUAUUAAAAGGGUGAUUAGAAGCCUCAUCUUUCUA